ACCACCUGGAACAAGGACAGCUGUGGGCAAGAGCCCUCAAGUGUUCCAGGGAAGACGUAAGGAUGUUCUGGAUCUUCUGUGGUAUAGACCAAAGGAAUAUGUACUCUUCAAACUUUACUUUAAAAAAUCAACUUACAGCACUAGUAAAAAGAUGAUAAAGCUAGAUCAAUCAGGUCACUCUAUGCCUGGAGCUCAUUUGCCUUGCAAAUACUCAGUUAUUACCUUCCGUGUCCCUCCCUACUCGCUUAAAUUAUUGACUCCACUCCAGAAAAGAACUUUUGUAGAAAUUUCUGGAGGAGACACUGAUCCUGACCCUCAAACCAUGGGGCCUGUCAGCUACUCAUCAGAGACAUAUGAUUUGAGCCAGGUGGAGCUGAGCGGUUACUACGAAGCUGAGAACACCACCCCUUCUCUGGAGGGCUACUUUUGCUUCAACCCAGCCUCAUCUGUGGUUGGCAACCAGGGAGACCCCUUCAGGAAGGUCUUCAUGCCCCUCAUCUAUCUGCUGAUGUUUGUGCUGGGCACUCUGGGCAAUGCCCUGGUCCUGGUCAUUUUAGAGAGGUUCAAGAGGUCUCGCACCACCACAGAAAACUUCCUUUUCCACCUCACCCUGGCCAACCUGGCACUGUUGCUCACCUUCCCAUUCAGUGUGGUGGAGAGCUUGGCUGGGUGGAUAUUUGGGAAGUUCCUGUGCAAGAUACUCAGUGCUGUCCACAAGAUCAAUUUCUACUGCAGUAGCAUGCUGCUGGGGUGCAUUGCGGUGGACCGCUACCUGGCCAUUGUCUAUGCAAUCCACACCUACCGCAAACGCAGAGCUCGCUCCAUCCACCUCACCUGCACAGCUGUCUGGUUCUGUUCAUUGCUUCUGACUUUACCCGAUCUCAUCUUCAUGGAAGUCUGGACAGACGACAGCAACCGCAGCAUUUGCUAUUUUCCAGAGGUUGGGAUUGAUGGAAACAAUGCGUGGCUGGCAACACGCUUCCUCUACCAUACCGUGGGCUUCUUUGUGCCUCUGCUGGUCAUGUGUUACUGCUACGUGGCCAUCAUCCAGGCACUGUGUCAGUCCCAGCGCCUGCAGAGACAAAAAGCUGUCCGUGUGGCCAUCCUGGUCACAGGCAUCUUCCUCCUCUGCUGGAGCCCGUACCACAUCGUCAUCUUCCUGAACACACUUACUAAGCUAGAAGCCUUCACCAAGAACUGCCUCCUGGAAGACCAGCUGGACACAGCCAUCAUGGUGACAGAGGCCAUCGGCUUCACGCACUGCUGCCUCAACCCCAUCCUCUACGCCUUCAUUGGGGUCAAGUUCCGUAACGACUUCUUCCGGAUCCUGCAGGAGCUUGGCUGCAUCAGCCAGGAGACCCUGCAGGAGAUCCUGGAGGUGACAAGGAAGGGUAGUGGGAUAGAAUCUGACAACACCACCUCCAUCUCCACUUUCUAGCUGGGAAAGGCUGCCUGCAGGGCAGAACUGGUCUGGGUCUUUCCUUCCCAGUGGCAUACUUGCUGUGGUCUCAGUUGCAAGUUUCACAAGUAUCCCCACAACUUUGUUCACUCCUCAGGAAACAGGUCCAAUAGCCACCAAACACCCAAAUCCCAUCAGACACCUUGCUUGGCUCUUUCUGGUUCUCCUAUUUGCAGAGAUCUACCUGGCAGCUGUUGGGAAAUGCUGGAUGUCUGAUGGUCACUCUUGUUGGGCUGGAUGAACUCCAGUGGGUUGAACAUGACAUUUCCACCUCUCCCUUGAAAAACUGACUGCAGGCAUCUUGCGCACAAAGCCAGGCCCAGGACUGGGGUGCCAGGGUUAAAAAAGUUUAAAAGUGCAGCCGAGUAAAUGAGUCAUGUCAGUAAGCAGGUCUCCGUUUCACUAGCUCAGGUUGGUAUGGACAUGCUCAGAGGAAGCCCUGGGACUCAGUGGCCAUAGCAACUGGAAAGAAGCAGGGAGGACUGAUGGGGGCUGUGAAGCUCAAACUAAUAGCACGGGCAUACAGUGCUGGACACGCUUUGACUGCAACAUUGUCCUCCUACUGCAUGACAUCCCCUCAGCCAGCCACAACACGUUCAUCAUCCCAACAGAGCUCAUGCCAGAAAGCCCUCCCACAGAUUGAAAGAUCUGACUGUCACAGACUCCUUUCCUGACACCAGUUGCAUCCUUCCCCACUCAUUGGAUCUGUUUUACUACUGUUACGACCUCCUGUGAGUGGCUGCUGAACUGAAUACCUGACUAUGCAAAAGUUUUCCUUUAAGAAACUCUAUCUGAGGAGAUGGCUUCUUCUUGUGACUGCACACAGGGGAGAGAAACCACACAGCUUUGUAAUGCUGAUGGUAUAACUUUUUUUUUUUUUUUUGCAGCUAGUUGUAUGGCUAUUUAUGGGUUCUGAGAGCAAGGAGACCACUGCCCCAGAGUAAGGGAUAAUUUCUCUUUGCUUUUAGCAAGGCUAGAGGAAAUGUGGCAUUUUGCUUGGCACCAUGCUUUCUGAUAGUUUUCCUCCAUCAGCACCUACAGGCCUUUCAGAGAUUGAUUGCAUCCAGGUGAACAGAGGAUAAACCUGGGUGGUGAUCUUGCCCUGAACUGCAAGUAAGCAGAAACUACUCAGAUCAGGGCAGCUUGAUGAUAAUUUGGUUCAAAAUAAGAGCAGCAUCUUUUCCCAUCACUAAUUCUUGCACUGCAAGCUGGUGUGUGGGGAAGCCCCAGCAGAUACUCAAGACAGCCUGCUGCUGCUACGAGGUCUUGUCACAGUUUAACAAUGGCAGCAGACCCACAACACUGCUCCAUGACAUUUCUGUUCCUAAAGAGUGCUGUGGCCUAAACUGUAGGAGAGCCACACAUACCAAUGUCACAUGAGCACAACCAUCCUCACAUUUGCUCUACCCAUCACCUCACAUUUUAAACAAUGUCAAAGCAAUGUUAGUUCUUCUGCGGCAGCAGGAAUUUUGUGCUAACCUCACUUCUGAAGUUCAUCCCACUAGCAGAGAGCUCAGUCCCAGGUGAACUUCAUGGUACUCAAGGGCCCUGCUAAAAAAACCAGCCAUUAUGAAAAGGGGCCACAUUACCUCAGCCAGACUCAGGCAGAGAUCUCAAUAGCUUGAUUUCAUAUUGUGACUUGAAGAGAAAACUCACCUAGUAUAAGGCAAUCCACCAUUUCCUGCAGCACCGCAUCUUCAAAGAUGAAACUUUCAAGUAGUGGCAACUGCGGUUGUUCAGGCACGUACGUGCAGCAGAGGAGGGCAAGUCCCUUAAACCCGCACUUGUGUUCUCCACGGUUGUACCAGUGAGAAAACCCAUUGCAGAUGCAUUGUAAACACAUACCCAGCAGGUUAUGGUGACAACUGUAUUUCUACUGAAAAUGCUAUUGAAAAAAAUAAGUCAAAGUGUAAAAUUCUUACAGUGGUUACAAAGUAAAAAGAAAAUCUGCACUCAAAGGAGAGUGAACAGAUUACACAUCUAUUGUUACUAUAGCUUUUAGCACUGGUAUGUACAAACCUUU